AUGUUUGUUAUUCUAUUUCAAUGUCUCACUCUGUCAUCUGAUCAAAUACCUGAUAUAUACGCAACAAUUCCUGACGAAUGUUCUUCUGUUAUGUACUCUGCAACAUCAGAAUUUGAGUUGCAGGCGAAUACAAAAACUUGUUUUUAUACAAAACCUGGAUUUUUCUUUGGAAAGGGAUUUAUUUUAGAAAUAUUUUGGCAAGAAAAUAACAAUAACGGUGGAUUCAUGCAUUUGGGUCCAACACGCAAUGGAGCUAUUGUUAAUGUAAAAACCGAUUUUGUAUACGUCUUAAUUACAACAUGCAAAACCCAAAAAAUCAAAUAUUAUCCAUCUACAUCACUCUCUUACUCCUAUUCAGUUCGAUCAGGAAUUGAAUACGUUUUUCACACCUAUUUCUCAACUAAAGAAGUCUCAAAUUACACCGUAUCAAUGCAAUACUCAUCUGCAUCUAAUAAAACCACAUACAUUUACAAUAGUCUCUUAGUUCUUGGAGAUAAUGUUUCAUUAUCAAAUCAGCCUAAUAAAGAGAUUAAUACUAAUUUUCCAGAAUCUACCAUUUCAGACGCAUCAAACCCCCAGCCGACUUUAAACUCCGAUGGCUCUCUUGGCCUUGUUUCUUUCAAAGAUUUCCAAACAAUAAACUCUAUCGAAAAUGAAGUUCGAUAUGAAAACCAAGUGUCCGCGACACUCAAUGCCAUAUCUGGCAUACCAUCUUUAUCAGGAGAAAUACCUUUUGCCCCUUCAAUUUCGAUGUUUUCUGAAAUUGAUUCUUCAUAUGUCGAGCAAAGUCUCGAAUCUCCUGAGGUAACUGAUUAUAAACGAGAUGAGAUUACCCCUACGCCACUAUCGAAAGAAUUCCCAAUUACAUUAGUUCUUGGUGUCGUACUUGCUGUUCUUGCAAUCGUUAUUGUCAUUAUCUUGGUCCGGAAGCAUUUCAGCCCCAAAGUUGAUGGAGCCGAUCAAAAUUCAGAAGAUAUAUCUGGAAACCGAUAUUAUUCUACUGAAGUAUCGGAUAGUUUAUACUCACAAUCCGGCUCUUAUGGUUCCAGUAUCAAUGAAAAAUCGAGUGAAAAAGCAAAUUCACUCGAUGACGCUUCUGGAACUCAAGGCGACAACCCUGCUCCGCUUUAA